AUGGCAGGCCGUCCCGGCGCGUCGGCGCUCGUCCUGCUCGCUGCCCUGCUGGCGCCCGCGCUGCUCGUGCCGCCCGUGAGCGGCCGCGGCGGCCGGUACCACGGGGACUGGGACACGGGCCGGCUGCUGCCUCCGCUGCCGCCCCGCGAGGACGCGGCGCGCGUGGCCCGCUUCGUGACGCACGUCAGCGACUGGGGCGCGCUGGCCACCAUCUCCACGCUGGAGGCGGUGCGCGGCUGGUCCUUCGCCGACGUCCUGUCGCUCAGCGACGGGCCCCCGGGCGCGGGCAGCGGCGUGCCCUACCUGUACCUGAGCCCGCUGCAGCAGUCCGUGAGCAACCUGCAGGAAAAUCCACAAGCCACGCUGACCAUGUCUUUGGCACAGACUGAAUUCUGCAGGAAAAAUGAAUUUGAUCCUCAGAGUCCCCUGUGUGUCCACACAAUACUGUCAGGAACUGUGACCAAGGUGAAUGAAACAGAAGUGGACUUUGCAAAGAACUCAUUAUUCAUUCGACACCCUGAGAUGAAAUCUUGGCCUUCAAGCCAUAACUGGUUCUUUGCUAAGUUAAAUAUAACCAAUAUCUGGGUCGUGGACUACUUUGGUGGGCCAAAAAUAGUGACCCCUGAAGAAUAUUUUAAUGUCACACUUCAGUAA